AUGGUCAAAGUCGCCGUGGCCGGCGGCUUCUCGCAGGUUGCCCAAGAGGUCGUCGACGCGCUCCUGGCAGCGAAAAAACAUGAAAUAACGGUAUUGAGUCGGAGGGAGGCUUCGACGGAGAACCCCCCGCCGGCGGAGAUACGCUGGCAGGUGGUGGAUUACGGCAGCAAGGAAUCUUUGGCUGCGGCCCUCCGGGGGACUCACACCCUCUUGUCUUUUGUCCAAAUUCUCUCCGACUACAACCACAGGUCCCAGAAGAACCUGAUUGAUGCCGCCAUCGCUGCGGGCGUGAAACGCUUUGCGCCGAGCGAAUAUGGAAGCAAGGGCACCGUCAACAUGCCGUGGUGGCAUGGGAAGGAAAGAGUCAGGGAGUACCUGAAAGAAGUGAACCGGGACGAGGAGGUUCUCAAUUACACCCUCUUCCAGCCCGGCCUGUUUCUGAACUACUUGGCCUACCCCCAGAAGACGGCCAAGCACGUCGAUCCGCUGCAGACCGUCUUCGACUUCGAGAACCGGCGCGCCGUAGUCGUGGAGGGCCACGAGGAUGCCGUCCUGACCCUGACCACGGUUGCCGACCUCGCCGGCGUCGUCGCCCGCGCCGUCGACUACGAGGGCGAGUGGCCCAAGACUGGCGGUAUCCGGGGCAAUAGGGUCACUUUCUCGCAGCUUCUCGAGAUUGGCCGCCGAGUCCGAGGACGUGAUUUCGCCGUCGACUGGGCUAAGAUGGAGGAUCUAGAAGCCGGCAAGCUGGACAUGUCGUGGGGCCUGUCAGCAGUCCAUCAAGCGGUCUCGGCAGACGAGGCGGCGGCUUACCUCAAGGUGGUUUCCAUCGGCAUCCUACUAAGCAGCGUGAAGGGCGCGUGGGACGUGUCGGACGAAUUCAAUCAGCUCUUCCCGGAUUACAAAUUCACCCCGAUCGAAGACUUCCUCGCGAAAGUUUGGGGGGGGCAGCCGUAG